AAAAACCUCAAAAACUCUUAACACCGCUUUCCCAUCGCCAAAACCCUUAUUUCUCUCUUCUUAUUCCACCAUGAAGAAGCUUUGCCGGAAAAGCACCGUACAUCCUUCGCCGCCGAUCAUUUCCGACUUCCUCUCCUUCUUGCCCGCCGCUAUAUUCGCGCUCACCGUCGCUCUCUCCGCCGACGAUAAAGAAGUCCUCGCCUAUCUCAUCUCUUGUUCCAACACCACCGCUUCUCUCUCCAACUUAUCCGGCAGCCGCAAGAAUGCUCGGAAAAUCGCCGCUGGGAAGGUCGGUGUCGAUCACGCCCCAAUCUUUGACUGCGAUUGUUUCAUGUGCUAUCGACGAUACUGGGCGAGAUGGGAUUCUUCCCCCAAUCGACAACUUAUCCAUGAAAUAAUCGAUGCUUAUGAAGAUGGAUUAACGAAAUCGAAGGCCACAACAAGCACGCAGAGGAAUUGCAAGAAAGAAAGACGAAAGAAGAACAACGAAUCGGCUAGCGGUGAGUCAAGCUUGGGGAAAGGCAAGACAAACGAGGUAUUAUCGGAUUCUGUGCAGCAGGAUACCGGUCGGCAGAGGAAUGAAAAAGAGGAGGAGGAGGAAAAAGAAGAAGGAGCAGAAAGAGGAUCGGUGAGAAGAUUCGUGAGUUUUGUAGGUGAGAAAAUUUGGGGUGCUUGGGGUUAAUGAAAUUAAAGAAUCGCAAAGGUAGCUUUCUUCUUCUUCUUCUUCUUCUUCUUCAUCAUCUUCUUUUUCUAAUCAUCUAAGAAGAUGAGAAAAAUAGGGCUCUGUUUUGGAUUCUCUGUUUUGGAUUUUGUUUGCUCUGUUCUCUGUAAAUUAUUUCCCUUAUGUAAAAAUGAAUGAUUACAACAUGGUCUCCUAUAUAAAUUCCACUCAAGAAAUCUUCUGGAUGUUCUUGCUGAAAUUUGGUCAUAGUUUGUUUGAUUAUAAUGGAAGUAGUAGAAUUUCAUUCCA